ACCUAUUAGUGUGCGCUGGCUCGGAACACAGUUAACAUUUUACUGCCGGCUCCGCAGCCGAUACCUUGAUUAACUCACGAACAAUGUUAUAACACAGACAUGAUCACUCUCUUAUAUUUACUCUUCAUACAGUAUGUCUGUUGGCACCCAGUUCAUGCGGUUUACAACAAGGAUGUCACUUGUGUAAUAGAUCAGGGCCUAGACCCCGUCUGUAAAGUAUCGGAGAGGGUCCGCCGCAGGAACAAUCUGGAGACAGUACCCUCACACGACCCGUACAUCCCCAGGAACGCCUCCAUACUGUACAACUGUACCACAGAAUGUACGCUCAUGAAGGCCACCUCCAUGAUAGACAUCAUCUCGCCGAAACUGUUCCUCAAGUCCUGCUUCAUAGAGUUCUCUAAGAACGAUGACUACAACUGUGACCACAUCAGAUACCAUCACUUUAAGAACGCUGAUAAACUUUUGUUCUUAAGAAACCAAAUACCUAACAAGUCCCACUACUUGGUCGACUGCCUAGUGUACGUGGACGGUGGUAGAGUGUGCCACAAGAAUGAUGGCUCUGGUGCCUCGUACACCGGCCUGGUGGACACUGGGACUAUAGUGAGGCCGAACUCCACCAACAUCCUGUCACAGGACGAGUUUAUUUGUGAGGAAGAUGAGGCAAAGCACAUAUACUGUGAUCUAAAUAAAUACGUUCCAUUCGAUGACGGCUUGAAAGAGAAACAGAAGGUAAAAAUGGAUGAUAGCGUUAUCUUAAAAACAAGUUCUUGGGUGGUCGUACUGCAACGGUCUUGCAUUGGCUCGUGGUGCGGCUACAACGGGAAGAUAUCAUCCUCCAGGAGACAUGCCUACAGCCCUCCAGGUGGUAAGGUGUACCGGUGCUUCUACGCUGAAGGUCAGCAGAUUUGCAAAGAAAUCGGCAGCCCCGGUAGGUUCGUGUAUAACAAACGUGGUUGGCUGGACGCGAGGAGAUAAAAAACAUGAUGUAAUUUUGGUAAUUAGUAAACUAUUUCUAUGGCA